AGGAUGAGAGUAUCGCUAAUUCCGAUUGAUUAUAUAGAUAUAUUCAUGCAUAUAUAUGUUUGAAUUUUGAUGAUGAAAUACGACAUGAUUCGUUUAUGUUUGAGCAGAGAAAUGGGGAGCUCGGGCUUUUCGUGGAAGUUGAAGGAUCACCCGAAACUGGCCAAGGGGAAAACUGUAGCGGUGGUGGUUUUGGAUGGCUGGGGAGAGGCUAACCCUAAUCCCUACAAUUGCAUCCAUGUCGCCCACACCCCAACCAUGGAUUCUCUCAAAAAAGGGGCGCCGGAGAGGUGGAGGUUGGUGAAGGCGCACGGGACGGCGGUGGGGCUGCCCUCAGAUGAUGAUAUGGGCAACAGUGAGGUUGGACACAAUGCUCUUGGUGCUGGCCGUAUCUAUGCACAAGGGGCGAAGCUUGUGGAUAUUGCUCUGGAAACGGGUAAAAUCUACGAGGGGGAUGGUUUCAAGUAUAUUAAACAAUCCUUCGAAGACGGGACGCUUCACCUCAUUGGAUUAUUAAGUGAUGGAGGUGUUCACUCUAGGUUCGACCAGUUGCAGUUGCUGCUGAAGGGAGCUAGUGAGCAUGGUGCGAAAAGAAUCCGAGUGCAUAUUCUGACCGAUGGACGUGACGUGCUGGAUGGAUCCAGCGUCGGCUUUGUGGAAAGUCUUGAAAAUGAUCUAGCAAAGCUCUGUGAGAAAGGCAUUGAUGCCAAGAUUGCGUCUGGUGGCGGGCGUAUGUACGUUACAAUGGAUCGUUAUGAGAAUGACUGGGACGUCGUGAAACGAGGCUGGGAUGCUCAGGUGCUUGGAGAAGCACCCCACAAGUUCAAGAGUGCUCUUGAGGCCGUGAAGAAGCUAAGAGAGUCCCCUGGCGCAAAUGCUCAAUUCUUGCCUCCAUUUGUUAUUGUCGAUGACAACGGGAAGGCGGUCGGGCCAAUUGUUGACGGUGAUGCGGUUGUAACUUUCAACUUUAGGGCCGAUCGUAUGGUCAUGCUGGCCAAGGCACUUGACUAUGACAAAUUCGAUAAAUUUGACCGUGUUAGAUAUCCUAAAAUACGGUAUGCAGGGAUGCUUCAGUACGACGGUGAACUGAAACUUCCUAGUCAUUAUCUUGUUUCUCCCCCCGAGAUUGAAAGAACCUCUGGAGAAUAUUUGGUGCACAACGGUAUCCGUACUUUCGCGUGCAGUGAGACGGUUAAAUUUGGUCACGUCACGUUUUUCUGGAAUGGGAACCGGUCGGGAUGCUUCAACCCGGAUAUGGAAGAGUAUGUUGAAAUCCCAAGUGAUAUUGGCAUUAGCUUCAAUGCCAAGCCAAAGAUGAAGGCCUUGGAGAUUGGUGAGAAAGCGAGGGAUGCCAUCCUUAGCCGCAAAUAUGACCAGGUACGUGUCAACCUCCCUAACGGCGACAUGGUUGGACACACGGGCGAUGUUCAAGCAACAAUCGUAGCUUGCCAGGCCGCUGAUGAAGCCGUGAAGAUGAUACUGGAUGCAAUCGAGCAAGUUGGUGGUAUCUACGUUGUGACCGCUGAUCAUGGUAAUGCCGAGGAUAUGGUGAAGCGAAACAAGAAAGGCGAACCCCUUCUUGACAAGGAUGGCAACGUUCAAAUCCUCACCUCUCACACACUACAACCCGUUCCUAUUGCUAUCGGAGGGCCAGGGUUGGCUCCGGGUGUUAGAUUCCGCCAAGACCUCCCCGGUGCCGGGCUAGCCAAUGUGGCAGCGACUGUGAUGAACCUGCACGGUUUUGAGGCACCGAGCGAUUACGAGCCAACCCUCAUCGAGGUUGCCGACGAGUAGUAGAGCCGUGCUUCACCAAUUUUCAUCGGUGCAUCAUUUUUUGGAUGAAGCCCUUUGCUAUUAUGUAUACUAAACUGUUACUAUGAUUUUACAAUAAGUGGUUACAUUUAGGCUCU